AUGGGAUGUCGGUUUUCGAGAACGAAUGAUACGGAACCUGAAUUUGAUUCCGAUUCAGCUGAUUUAGCAUCUGGAAUUGUAAUUCGGCCACUGUUGGACACAACCGAAUAUCUCUUUGAUUCUCAGUCGAUAUUAACAUCAGAUAAAGUGGAAAAAUUAAAUCCGACCGCAGUAUCUGGCGAAGAUAGCAGUAGUUGUGAUCGAAAAACAAUAACUACUCGUAUUGAUUAUAUUAAAAACACCUAUUCAUUGGCACGCUGGGAUACAUCGAUUCGAUCAACAUUCUGUAAUCGAAUUACACUUGAACCAAAAAUAUCAUCAGAUGCAGAAGUUCAGGAAUCGAAUACUGUUUAUUUCAACAAACCAAUAAAAGAGAUUAAAAGCAUCAGCCAGGUUGAUUUCUUUCGAAUGCUCGAUGAAAAAAUUGCUCAAGGACCUGGCGAUUUAAUUGAAUCUGAUGUUGAGAAAUGA